ACACUGUUCAAUUGUAAAAGUAAAUUAAGAAACAUUUCUGAAAUGGCCGCAUCUAGCAAUUCGUAUUGCCCAGGUCUCAUCACUAACAACGAAAGCCUGAACGAGGUCGCUCUUCCCAAUGUAAAGCGCAUCAAGAACAUCCGUGAGUUCAUGGCCGAUCCGACCAACUACGAUGGAAAUAUAGAUAAGCUCAUCGGGCGCAUGGCCAACGAGGCCACCAAGUGCCAGGAAAUUCUCAAAGUGCUGAAGGAGGAGGUGCUUCGAAAAACCGGGUCCCUGCGUCAAAUUAAGGCGGACAUGAUGCAGCUUCAGCAAGAGCUGAAAUCCGCCAACGCUGGCAAUCGGUUUGCUGUUGGCCAUGAGAAGAUACUCGUGAAAUUCACAGACGAGUCCGAAGGAAAGGAAUACGACGUGCCACAAGCUUUGGAGUGCUAUAGUCUGAAGAUGAGCUCGCUGUUUGGGGAGAUCUUAGCUUUGGAUAGCGAUGUCGACUAUGUCGUUUACUUAGAGGGCAUUGCCCAGCUGAACAAGCAGUAUGUGCGUGAUUGGUACGAUCGCGAAUAUUCAACUGAGCAGCACUCCAAGCAGCAGGCACUGGUUACCGCUGCCGAGCAGCAGGCAACCGCUGGUGCCGGCGAUGUUGGAUGCAGCGCCGACGAAUCCAAUUGAGACUGAUUCAUGACAAGAGCGAUCCUUAAAUUAUUAACUUUGUUUUUGUUUGGCCCCUCUAAAACAUCCCAAUGAUUUACAAAAUGUUAUUUUGCUCAUAAAUUAUAUUGUUUUUAUUUUUAAGCAUUA